AGGGCAUGAGGCCCUCAGUUGUGGUGGCACAGAUAGAAGAGGUAGGAUCCAGGAGGCUUGGCUGCUGCUGUAUGGUAUUUGUUUGUCUCUUUUUCACCUGUUUACUUGAAGCUGCUUGAUAUUAGACCAGAGGUCACCUGUAGAGACCUAUUUCUUAUAAUAUCCUCUUGUUACAGAUAAAUAAACAGAGGCCUAAAGAGUAACCUUGAAUGAGGUGACCCAGGUGGGGAGAGGAGAGCCCAGAUUCAACCCCAGGUCGUCUGACUCCAGAUCCAGCGGGAUGUUGUAGAAACCGAAGAGCAUUAUAGGAGUCGGUGGCGUUCCAUUCGCAUCCUGUAUCUCACUAUGUUUCUCAGUAGUGUAGGCUUUUCGAUUGUAAUUAUGUCAGUAUGGCCAUACCUCCAAAAGAUUGAUCCGACUGCAGAUGCAAGUUUUUUGGGUUGGAUUAUUGCUUCUUACAGUAUUGGCCAAAUGGCAGCUUCACCUAUAUUUGGCAUAUGGUCUAAUUUCAGGCCGAGGAAAGAACCUCUUGUGAUCUCAAUCUUCAUUUCCUCGGCUGCCAACUGCCUCUAUGCUUACGUCCACGUACCUCCCUCCCACAAUAAAUACUACAUGUUGGCUGCUCGUGCUCUUGUGGGAUUUGGAGCAGGAAAUGCAGCAGUAGUUAGAUCUUAUAUUGCUGGUGCUACUUCCCUGCAAGAAAGAACCGGUGCCAUGGCGAACACCAGCGCCGCUCAGGCCUUGGGCUUUAUCCUGGGUCCAGUUUUUCAGACAUGUUUUGCUCUGAUUGGAGAAAAGGGCGUGACGUGGCAAGCCAUUGACCUGCAGGUGAACAUGUACACGGCCCCCGUUCUGCUCGGCGCACUUUUGGGAGUUGUCAAUAUUGUCUUGAUCUUUGCUAUGUUAAGGGAACAUCGUGUGGAUGAUUCAGGAAGACAGUGUAAAAGCGUUAAUUUUGACGAAGCCGGCUCAGAUGUAGUUCACGAUUCCCAGGAAGGCAUCGAUCAGGUGGCUGUCGUCACCACCAACAUUCUAUUCUUCAUCAUCCUCUUUAUCUUCGCUAUUUUUGAAACCAUCGCUACUCCACUAACGAUGGAUAUGUAUGCCUGGACCAGGGAGCAAGCUGUGUUGUAUAAUGGAAUCAUACUUGCUGCUCUUGGAGUGGAAGCAGUUAUCGUUUUCAUGGGAAUCAGAGUGCUUUCCAAAAAAGUUGGAGAGCGUGUACUUCUGCUUGGAGGACUCAUAAUCGUUCUAUUCGGAUUCUUUAUCUUGUUACCUUGGGGAAAUCAGUUUCCAAAAAUCCAGUGGGAAGAUUUACAUAAUACUUCCAUUUCUAAUAAAUCAUCGGGAGGAAGAGUUCUAUAUUUUUGGAAGUCAUCAGCAGGAAAUUCCAGUGACGCUCCAACCGGCUGCCCAAUUGAGCAGUCCUGGUGUCUCUAUACUCCAGUGAUUCACCUGGCCCAGUUCCUUGUUGCUGCCGUACUAAUAGGGUUGGGUUAUCCAACCUGCAAUGUUAUGUCCUAUACCUUAUACUCAAAAAUUUUGGGACCAAAACCUCAGGAGUGGUGGAGCAGAAGCAGCCCGUCCAAAGCCCUUUCUUCAGAGUUGAUCAGAAAAGGGGCUGUGGGUCCUAGUUGCCUGACAACAGACCUGUGUCUGCACAGCCUGGCCUUGAGAGUUUCUAACAACACUGCGAAAGGCCGCCAGGGCGUCUACAUGGGCUGGUUAACAGCUUCUGGAAGCGGAGCCAGGAUUCUUGGACCGGUGUUUGUUAGCCAAACAUACACUUACUUGGGGCCCCGAUGGUCAUUUAGCUUGGUCUGUGGAAUGGUUGUAUUAACGAUCAUGCUUUUGGGAGCAGUUUAUAAGAGACUUAUUGCUUUUUCUAUACAGCAUGGCAGGGUCCAAGAGUAAGCCUUGGGAGGGUUAAGUUGAAGAGGUGCCUGAUUUAUGGGGCUGCCCCACCAUGGGCUUCAUUUCAAGAUUGCUGGGAGCCCAGAGCUUCAUUUCCAGAAAACUGGGUGAUUUUAGGAAGGCUCAAUCAAUAGUCUGUGUCUUGUGAUGUGUAUUAAGCACAGGCCAAAUUCUGCCCCCUGCUUUGUACCAUAGGGCAGUUAAUCACUUUUAGAUUAUAGCUUCCCUGUAUACAAAGUGAAACAAAGCUUUUACGUCAUCUGAACUAAUGAGCAAUAUAUAAAUGCUUAGCAACAUUCUCCUAAGGUAAGCUGCACCUCCUUUAUUAAAUUAGUUUUGAAUCAGGUUUACACUAUGUCAGAGAACAGAAAAAGAACAAAAUUGUAGAAACUGUUGAUUAUAGUGUGAGGCAGAUGGGCUGUAGCUCCAAUUUUCAUACCACAAAAAAUUUAGAAAUGUGUAUUAGUAUACCUUCUGUUGUUGUUCAGACUUUUUCAUCAUGUCCAACUCUUCUUGACCCUAUUUGGGGUUUUCUUGUCAGAGAUA